AUGGCGCCGUAUUCCUCAUCGAAAUAUCGCUUGUCGGCCGGCAGGGCCUCGCGAAAGGGCCCGAAAGUUACCCUCAAGGGGCCAGACCCUGAAGCUAACGAAGGCCCCCCUCUCAAGAAACGAAGAUACAUUCCUGGAGGACCUGGAGGUGGAGGAAGAUAUGUCGAAAUCGACGUGGAAGAACCCCCCAAGAUCAAACGAACCCCCAUUAGGCGGAGCUCGUCCUCGCGAACUCUCCUCCCUCCGCCGCCGCCGCCGCUCCCUGUUCCGACAACUCCUCCCUCGGCUCGUCUGACAAGGGAGAAGACGCAGACUCGUGGCCGCUAUGGCUCGUCGACCGCAGCCGCUUUGGCCCUACAGCAGGGAGACGGGUACAAGCCGCGCGAGGAGCGCGGUUGGGAGGAAUUUCACCCGGACUUGGAUAUCGAUGCCAAAAUUGCAGUUUUUAGCGCAGAGGAAGUAGAUCGUCCGGCUCCGUCGACACCCAUUACGGAGAUAUUACAGUUGAAUGGUAUCGACAUUAAUGGGAGUAAGGAUCCAUUAGCGGAGCUUAUCAGGCUGCACACCAGUGGCGCGUCUCCUUCACCUAUCAAGCGCAAACCAGGCCGUCCUCCCCGUCGUCCUGAGGCUAUUCUGAAUGCCCUCGGUAUCACUCCUCAGCCGAAAGCUGUGCCACCCCCGGGUCCGAACCCCCGCGAGAGGCUCACCCUCCCAAAGCCUUCGUUUCGGUUGCGGGAUCCGUUUGUCUUCUAUGACCAGCCAGGGGUUGGCCAGCAGAAUUACGUGGACCGGACGAUGGCGAGCGUGGGCUACCAAGAAAGCGAUCUUUUCGUCCGUCAUGAGCGGCAGAUGAUCCGUAUGACUGAGGGAGCGCAAGAGGACGAUCUGGAUAUUAUCAACCCUCCCUCCACCGAGGGAGAAGUCAAUGCAUCGGUUGGCAGAGUUGAAUAUGACAUGGAUGAGCAAGACGAGAAAUGGCUGGAAGACUAUAAUGCGAAGCGAAGGGAGGAGCAGUUAGAGCCUAUCAAACCGGCUGUCUUUGAAAUUACCAUGACGAAAAUCGAAAAGGAGUGGCAUACUCUAGAAAAGCGUAUCCCGAAGCCGAACCCGAAACCUCCACAGACACAACGCCCCCGGUCAAGCUCUGCAGCAGCCGUGAAUGGAGAAACAACUGCUCCGGGCGAGGAACAAGACAGUAAAUGUGCUAUCUGUGACGAUGGCGAUUGCGAAAACUCCAACGCCAUUGUAUUCUGCGAUGGGUGUGAUCUCGCGGUGCAUCAAGAGUGUUACGGUGUUCCCUUCAUCCCCGAGGGGCAAUGGUUGUGUCGGAAGUGCCAGCUGAUCGGACGGGGAUCCGUCAACUGUAUCUUCUGCCCGAACACCGAGGGUGCUUUCAAGCAGACUACGAGCUCUAAGUGGUCUCAUCUACUCUGUGCCAUAUGGAUCCCCGAGGUCUCCCUUGGCAAUCCCUCGCUCAUGGAGCCGGUGACUGAUGUUGAGAAAGUGCCCCGGAGUCGUUGGAAGCUAACCUGUUACAUCUGCAAGCAGCGAAUGGGAGCUUCGAUUCAGUGUAGCAACAAAAACUGCUUUGUUGCCUUCCAUCCUACCUGCGCACGGAGGGCUCAGCUUUACCUCAAGAUGAAAUCCGGCCAUGGAGCUCCUGCAAUCAUGGACUCUCAUCUUCUCAAGGCGUUUUGUGAUAAGCAUGUCCCUGACGAUUGGCGCUUGGAGCAUGGUACCGACGCUGCUACGGCGGAUGCUAUAGAAUAUUACCGCAACACAAUGCAAGGCAGGCAAUGGGGUGAUAGUCAGGCGGCCGCUCUGUCACUGGAGCCAUCCCAUCCUUUGGGGGUCGAACCCGGCGAACUCGAUAGACAAAGGACACAUACCCCGCGUAUCACGCUUACUGUUGGUGGAAACAAAAGGAAGCGCCUUGGUCCACCAAAGACGAUAUGGAAGCUCCCGUCCGGUGCUCCGGUUAUUCCUCAGGUUGUCCUUAAUUCAGUUGUGGCGUCCCUUCAACGCUUUGGUGUUCGGCAGAGAAAGCAGUACGCCGAAGAUGCCUGCAAGUACUGGACACUUAAACGCGAAGCCAGGCGAGGGGCAGCUCUUUUGAAACGACUGCAAUUGUCAUUGGAAACCUUUUCGUCAAUGGAGAUGACACGAAGAGAUUAUGUCGCCAUGGGAGUCAGUGGUGGCAAGCGACUGCAGAGACGCAUCGAAUUUGGUGAAAGAUUGUCUUACGACCUGGAUCGGCUCAGGAUGUUGUGCGAUGAAGUAAAGAAACGCGAGCGGGAAAAAUUGAAGGAUGCGGAACUCCUAAAAUCCAUCAUGGAUACCGUAUACUUUCCUAUCUUCCCUCUGCUCUGGCCUAUCUUCGACAAAGCCCAAGGGCUUGACGGAAAGGGCGUUUUCAGACAAGGUCUGCUUUCUCUACGCACGAAACUUCAGCAGCGGUACUACACAUCGGUUGCAGCCUUCUCGGCCGACCUAGCUUCUAUAUUCACGUCGGAAAUCGGGGUUCAACCUGCCGGGGACACUGCUGAGUUACAGAUGCAGAUCAGCGGGCGCGCUCCGGAACUCCCACUUGAACAACGUGAGAAGAGGAAAUUGGCUAAGCGGAUCAUCAAGGCCAUCCAGCCUGCCCUCGAGGAUGCGAUCAAGAAAGAGAGCGAGCUCAACCGCAAGCCCUUCGAGAAGGAACUAAAGGAGCUGGAUCUCAUGUUUGAGAAUAGCGUCCUCUCCCGAAGAGGGUCGGUCGAAGAAGGAUCUGCAGAGCCGGCUGAAGGCGAGGCGCAUAUCGAACCUCGGGCUUCUAAUGAAGUCCCGGGUGGUAUUCAACGGAAAGUCGGCGGUGAAGCAGAAAUUACUGCCAAAGUCGAGCCCCAAGAGGGGUCAUCCUCCCCGGCCCUGCUUGAGAAGGCAGGGGAAACUCCCAUGCCUGACGCUGGCAGCGAGCAGCCUGUCCCAGAGGCUCAAGUUCAGGAUACUCCCAUGACUGAUUCUGCUGAACUUGUUUCCCCGGCGACUGUGACUGAGCCGGCAAAUCAAAUUGCUCCUGUAGCACCGGCAACAAUUCCCACUAUUGCUGAAUCGCAGCAGCAAGCUGAGCCAAGCAAGCAGGAACUUAAUAGCUUGCCACUACUCGCACAGCCGGCUGAGUCCCAGAAAGGGCUCCUUACACCCCCACCAAGCUUUCAAGGUGAUCCACAGCAUCCGUUGUCGCAGGGUGGUGUUCUAUGGUACAUGCAACCAUUCGAUCCCCUCGGAACGACCAUCCACGAAGAACGCUGGACCGGCCGCGAUGUCAUGCGGGGGAUGAGUGAGGAGCUUAGUGAGUUGGAUGAGGACGAAUUGAAAGACUUGGUAGACGAUGAGAUGGAGGGGGAAUCGGCGCCAACUGAUACAGCAGCUACUGCUUUGGACGCUCCGACCAGCGAGACGGGUGUGAAAGUCCAUCGAACUCGGAGGCGAUGGCGUGGAUUCAAAUGA